AUGGAGAUGAAUACAUCGUUAUUGGACGUGCCUGCCCCGUGUCUGCCUGCCCCGUGUCUGCCUGCCCCGUGUCUGCCUGCCCCGUGUCUGCCUGCCCCGUGUCUGCCUGCCCCGUGUCUGCCUGCCCCGUGUCUGCCUGCCCCGUGUCUGCCUGCCCCGUGUCUGCCUGCCCCGUGUCUGCCUGCCCCGUGUCUGCCCGCCCCGUGUCUGCCCGCCCCGUGUCUGCCCGCCCCGUGUCUGCCCGCCCCGUGUCUGCCUGCCCCGUGUCUGCCCGCCCCCGUGUCUGCCCGCCCCCCCGUGUCUGCCCGCCCCGUGUCUGCCCGCCCCGUGUCUGCCCGCCCCGUGCCUGCCUGCCCGCCCCGUGUCUGCCCGCCCCGUGCCUGCCUGCCCGCCCCGUGCCUGCCCGCCCCCGUGCCUGCCCGCCCCGUGCCUGCCCGCCCC